UGCACGAUCCGUGUGAUUAAAAAUGGGGAUAAUAAGGAGAAGUUUCUCUUUUCUACUGGGAACUGGUUGCGGUAUUUACAUUGCGCAGAAUUACAACAUCCCAGACGUAAAGAAGCUCUUCGAUACAUACGUUUUCGUUGCCAAACACAUUGAAGAAUCCUACAGGAAGCCUAAGAAAGAUGAAGAUUAAUCAUGCUUACAACUCUUAUCUCUUGAUUGGCCCCAUUUUGGCAGAACGACACUUUACUCUUCCUUUAAACCUUCAUGCAGCAGCUUAUUCGGUUCAAUCUCUCCUCUGUUUUAGUCAUUUAUGGCGAUUUUGUGGGGAUUAAUUUGCUGUUUUCAGGCUUAGCUCAGGUAAAACACAUUUUGAUUAU